AUGAGAAAUUUACCAACUUACAAAACGUUGUUUAACAAUCAGAAAUAUUGCAUAGUACAUGAGGCUAUUGCAAAACGAUCUUUCACAGAAAAUCAUGAAACAAAGCCACCAAGGAAGCAGUAUUCCGAUCAGCUACUGCAUUUUAUUAAGCAGAAAAUUAACUUAAAUGGACCGAUGAGUGUUGCUGAUUAUAUGCGUCUAACAGCUUCAUCACCUAUUGGUGGCUAUUAUUCGCAUCAUGGUAGUAAAAUAUUUGGCGAAAAAGGUGACUUUAUCACCGCUCCCGAGCUAACACAAAUAUUCGGUGAGCUUGUCGGUAUAUGGUGCUACUACGAACUGAGUUAUACCGGGCAUAGUGGGGAAUGGCAGUUAGUGGAAAAUGGUCCUGGUACAGGGCAGUUGAUGUAUGAUAUCACACGGACCCUGAUACAGCUCAAAGCGACAGAAGGAUCUAUUCAUCUUGUGGAAACAUCUGACGCUUUGUUGAGUCAACAGGAAUCUCUGCUUUGUGAGCAUACGUCGCAGUUCGUUGACGGAGAACCGUAUGUUCGGUGUAAUGUGACGAAAAAUGGUUUUCCAGUAUAUUGGUAUCGCAGUGUUGAUGAUAUUCCUGCUAAAUUUUCUGUAUUCAUAAGCAACGAAUUUUUGGAUGCGCUGCCAGUAAAUCAAUUCAAAAGAGAUGAUAAGGGCAAGUGGCACGAAGUAUAUGUGAAUUUGGAUAAAGAUGACAGGCUUUGUUUUAUGCUGUCAAGAUCCGAAAAUUUACAUACACUCGGCUUGUUACCGAAAAAUAUUCGUGAGGAUUUAUCAAUUAAAGAAUGGGAAAUUAGUAUUGACGCUGGUACUUACAUUAAUCAGGUCGCUGACAGUAUUACGAAAUUUGGUGGUUUUGUGUUGAUAGUAGAUUAUGGACAUAAUGGUACAAGAAAAGAUUUAUCUUUACGAGCCUACAAAGGUCACCAAAUUGUACAUCCUUUGGAAAAUCCAGGACAACACGAUAUAACUGCCGAUGUCAAUUUUGGAUAUUUGAAAAGCCUCGUCAAAGACCGAACACUGGUUUUUGGACCAAUUGAACAACGAGAAUUUCUUGCUCAAAUGGGAAUUGGAUUAAGGCUGCAGAAACUGUUGGCAUGUUGUAAAACAAAGGAAGAAAAAGAAAAUUUGUUCAAAUCUUAUGAAAUUUUGUUGAGUGCAAAAGGUAUGGGUGAGAGAUUCAAAAUGAUGAGUGUAUUUCCAAAAACACUGGGAAGUAUUUUAAGUCAACGUAAAGGACCAGCUGGUUUUGCAGGUGUGUGAACUUUUUGAUUGGU